AAAAACGGAUAAAUAUUAAAAAAUUUGCCAUUCUAGUCCAGUAUAAAACCUUCCCUCCAAAUUUUCCCGAGAAAAUUUCUCAGCAAUCCGAAUUUUCCUGAGAAAAUCCUUAUGGAAUCAACAGCUCACCGUCGUCUCCAAGCUAUCCAAGGUCAUCUCCUACCUUCUUCCACCGCAGACGAUCACUGCAGCUCAUCUCUCCAAGCUAACCUCACCGCUUCACAGUUUUCGCACAGUCAAACAUACAGCGUCGUUUUGCCUGAGAAACUGCACACCGGAAAAUGGAACGUUUAUAGGUCUGCGCGAUUUCCAUUGAAGCUUGUGAGCAGGUUUCCUGAUCAUCCUCAGAUAGCGACAUUAUACGAUCUCUUUGCGUAUGCUGUUGAAACUUUUGGAGACUACAAAUACUUAGGAACUCGAAUUAAACAGGAUGGAACGAUUGGAGAGUAUACAUGGAUGACGUAUGGAGUAGCAGGCACGGCUAGAGAAGCAAUAGGUUCUGGCCUUCGUUACCAUGGGAUUCAAAAGGGAGCUUGCAUUGGAAUCUUUUUUGUAAAUAGACCAGAGUGGCUAAUUGUGGAUCAUGCUUGUGCAGCAUAUUCGUACAUCUCAGUUCCCUUGUAUGACACUCUUGGCCCGGAUGCUGUUAAGUAUGUUGUCAAUCAUGCCAAUGUGCAGACUAUCUUUUGUGUCCCAGAGACUUUGAACACUUUGUUGAGCUUCCUAGCUGAGAUUCCAUCCGUGCGACUUGUAGUGGUCGUGGGAGCUGAAGAUGAACAAUUGCCAUCACUUCCUUCGACAUUUGGAGUCAAGCUUAUAUCGUAUCUAAAACUUCUUGGUGAGGGCCGCAGUAAUUUGCACGCUUUCAUGCCCCCUAAACCUGAGGAUGCUGCAACCAUAUGUUACACCAGUGGUACUACUGGGACACCAAAGGGAGUUGUCCUGACACAUGGAAACUUGAUUGCCAGUGUUGCUGGUUUCUCUCAGGGAAUCAUAUUUAAUCCUUCAGAUAUUUAUAUAUCCUAUCUUCCUUUGGCGCACAUAUAUGAACGGACCAACCAGAUUGGGUUAGUUUACUAUGGUGUUGCUGUGGGCUUCUAUCAGGGGGACAAUAUGAAAUUGAUGGAUGAUUUGGCUGCUCUCAGACCAACACUAUUUUGCAGCGUCCCUCGGUUAUAUAAUCGUAUAUAUGAUGGAAUUAUAAAUGCUGUCAAGAAUUCUGGGAUUUUGAAAGAGAGACUAUUUAAAGCUGCCUACAAUUCAAAGAAGCAAGCCAUAAUGAGUGGUCGGAAUCCAUCACCAAUGUGGGACAAAUUAGUAUUUAAUAAAAUAAAAGGAAAGCUAGGGGGACGAGUCCGUUUCAUGGGAUCAGGUGCUUCACCAUUGUUGCCUGAAAUAAUGGACUUUUUGAGGGUGUGCUUUGGCUGUCAAGUACUCGAAGGGUACGGAAUGACUGAGACUUCGUGUGUGAUAAGUAUUAUGGAUCAGGGUGACAAUCUAUCUGGUCAUGUUGGGUCCCCAAAUCCUGCAUGUGAAAUAAAGCUGGUAGAUGUUCCUGAAAUGAACUACACCUCAGAGGAUCAGCCAUAUCCACGAGGCGAAAUUUGCGUCAGGGGUCCCACCAUAUUUCAAGGCUACUACAAUGAUGCUGUCCAAACGAGAGAAGUGUUGGAUGAUGAUGGUUGGUUGCACACUGGAGAUAUUGGAUUGUGGUUACCUGGAGGACGCCUUAAAAUUAUCGAUAGGAAAAAGAACAUUUUCAAGCUGGCACAAGGCGAGUACAUAGCACCUGAGAAGAUUGAAAGUGUAUAUGCCAAAUGCAGAUUUGUUUCCCAGUGUUUUAUAUAUGGUGAUAGCUUUAACUCCAUGUUAGUAGCUGUAGUUGCAGUGGACCCAGAUGUGUUGAGAGAAUGGGCUGUCUCUCAGGGAAUCGAGUAUGAUGAUUUAGGACAGCUGUGCAACGACCCAAGAGCAAGGGCAGCAGUUCUAGCUGAAAUGGAUGAGGUCGGACAGGAAGCCCAGUUGCGAGGUUUUGAAUUUGCAAAAGCUGUAACCUUGGUUCCUGAACAAUUUACUUUGGAGAAUGGCCUACUGACUCCAACAUUCAAGAUAAAGAGGGCUCGGGCGAAGGAAUAUUUUGCAAAAGCCAUAUCGAACAUGUAUGCCGAAACUCCUUCCUCUGAUCCAUUGUUGCUGUAGAUUUAGGGUAUCAGCCAUCUUUACAGCAGUAAGAGCAUCUUUCAUUAUUGUGGCUCGAGCAAGUUCCUAAAUGUGUAUAGAAGAGUAAUGUAUCAUAGCCUAGUUGGUGUGUCUGCACCACAUUACAAUGUUUGACGCGAAUCCUUUUGAUGUUUCACGAACACUGAAUAUAUAUUUUGCUUGAAUACGAGUAAUUUGAUGUUUUACGCAAA